GAGUCAGAGUUGGAUGCAGACUGGAUGUGGUUGCGGAGUUCCAGCGCCAGGCUCGGGUCAGCCCCCUGUUGGAAGUAAAACUGACCGAGCGCGGCGCUGCUUCAAGCUAUGGCGGCUCAGGGCGACUCUCUGAGCGGCUACCUGGUGGCGCCCCUGCCGCUGCAAGAGCCUGGAGCCGCCGACCCCGGUUCCAACAGCGAGAGGAGCACCGACUCGCCGCUCGCAGCUUCCGAGGACGAUGGCCACGUCCUCCCGCACUGCACUGACCCGGACUGGGUGGAGGAGAGAUUCCGUGUGGACCGCAAGAAACUGGAGGCGAUGUUACAAGCUGCCGCAGAAGGAAAAGGAAAAAGUGGGGAAGACUUCUUUCAGAAGAUUAUGGAAGAAACAAGCACACAGAUAGCAUGGCCAUCAAAAUUGAAGAUUGGAGCAAAGUCCAAGAAAGAUCCCCACAUUAAAGUUGGCGGAAAGAAAGAAUACGUGAAGGAAGCGAAGGAAAAGAUCAUGUCUGUUCUGGACACAAAAAGUAAUCGGGUAACCCUGAAGAUGGAUGUGUCACAUACAGAGCACUCCCAUGUAAUCGGCAAAGGAGGAAACAACAUCAAAAAAGUAAUGGAGGACACAGGCUGUCACAUUCACUUCCCUGACUCCAAUCGGAAUAACCAGACCGAAAAGAGCAACCAGGUCUCCAUAGCAGGGCAGCCAUCCGGUGUGGAAGCAGCCAGGAGUCGCAUAAGAGAGCUGCUGCCUCUGGUGAUGAUGUUCGACUUGCCCAUUGCUGGCAUCUUGCAGCCAAUUCCUGACCCUAACUCACCAACGAUCCAGCAUCUAUCCCAAACAUACAACAUUUCCAUAUCCUUCAAACAACGAUCACGUAUGUAUGGUGCCACCGUAAUUGUUCGAGGCUCUCAGAACAAUGCCGCAGCAGUCAAGGAAGGCACCGCCAUGUUGCUGGAGCACCUAGCUGGAAGUCUGGGGAGUGCCAUACCCGUCAGCACCCAACUGGACAUUGCACCUCAACACCAUCUCUUCAUGAUGGGCCGCAAUGGGAAUAACAUUAAGCACAUAAUGCAGAGAGCUGGAGCUCAGAUCCAUUUCCCAGAUCCCAGCAAUCCCCAGAAGAAGUCCACAAUCUACCUCCAAGGCACUAUUGAGUCUGUCUGUCUAGCUAGACAAUACCUCAUGGGUUGUCUCCCCCUUGUGUUGAUGUUUGAUAUGAAGGAAGAGAUUGAAGUGGAACCACAGAGAAUCACUCAGUUAAUGGAACAGUUAGAUGUCUUCAUUAGCAUCAAACCAAAGCCCAAACAGCCAAGCAAGUCAGUGAUUGUGAAAAGCGUGGAAAGAAAUGCUGUAAAUAUGUAUGAAGCACGAAAAUGUCUGCUGGGUUUGGAAAACAGCGGUGUUGCCAUGACAAAUACACCGCCAACCAUUACCUGUCCCAUCGGACUCUCCUGUCAUGGACUCGAUAUCCUGGCUUCUGCUGGACUAGGCCUGGCCGGUUUAGGUUUCUCUGCAGUUUCUCCACUCAUGAUCCCACCAACAACGCAGGCAACCUUGACCAGUAUCUUGCUAUCCGGCCUGCACGGGUAUGGUCAGACCACACCAUCACCUCCCCCUGGUCUAGCACCCAUGGACAUUCAGAUCAGCACCUUGUCACCAGAGAGUGAUAAGACAGCAACAUCCUGUGUCAAUGGCCACGUCAAGGUAAAAACAUCUAGUGCUAUUUACACUAGAAUUUCAACUCCUUGUCUUGCGGACAAAGUUUUGAGCAAUAACCAUCCUGAAGUUCCUCGGGAGAGUUCGAUUAAUGCCCCAGAGCAGCUGUCCAGCAAGUCCACUCCAGCAGAAGGUUCCAAUGAUGCCUUUGUGGAAGUGGGCAUGCCCAGAAGCCCCUCGCACUCUGCCAACAGCAGUGAACUGAAGCAGAUGCUCAACAGCUCCUCCACAUCUGUGGCAAAACGACAGGCUCUGGAGCUGCUGCAGGGCACCAAGAACGGCCACCGACACACCUCGGACAGGCUGCUUUCCGAUUCCGAUUCCGGUACCACCGAGGGCACUGCUACAGAUAAACGGGCCCCCGGCAGCGAGCGGGCAGCAGAACGAGCUGCUGCCCAGCAGAACUCAGAGCGACUGCGACUGGCUCCACAGUCAGCCUAUGCAAAUAUCCAGGCCUUUGACUAUGAACAGAAGAAGUUGUUGGCAACCAAAGCUAUGCUGAAGAAGCCAGUCGUAACUGAAGUACGGACUCCAACAAAUACGUGGAGUGGGCUUGGGUUCUCCAAAUCAAUGCCUGCAGAAACCAUCAAAGAACUAAGGCGUGCCAAUCACGUGUCCUACAAGCCGUCUAUGUCAACUACGUAUGAGUCGUCGUCAUCAGUGUCACUGUCACGGUCAAACAGUCGGGAGUGCAUUGGGGGUGGCAGCGAGUCUGAUAACUGGAGGGAUCGGAACGGCUCUCAUGGUGAAUUCCCAACAUCUAUCAACAGUUCCAAGCAAAAAAAUAACACAUCUGAGCACUACUUGACCAGCACUAAUUACAUGGACUGCAUUUCCUCGUUGAUGGGCAGCAAUGGCUGCAGCCUCAAUAACUCCUUCAAAGGUUCUGAAUUGCCCGAACUCUUCAGCAAGCUCGGCUUAGGCAAAUACACAGAUAUCUUCCAGCAACAAGAGAUUGACAUUCAGACUUUCCUCACGCUGACUGACCAGGACUUGAAGGAGCUCGGGAUUACCACAUUUGGUGCCAGAAGGAAAAUGCUGCUUGCAAUUUCAGAACUGAACAAAAACUGUCGAAAGCCCUUUGAGCCUCCGAACAUCCGGUCAACGUUUCUGGAAGGUGGAGCGAGUGGCCGGCUACCGCGACAAUACCAUUCUGAAGUUGCCAGCAUCAGUGGCCGGUGGUAGCAGUGAACUGGAACUCACAGCUGCCACAAGAGGGACUGACACAAACCUGUGCCUGACAUUGAACCUGUGGAGAGCAUUCACUGCACAGAGCCCUCCAUGUUAUAGGAGCUUGGAUUACAAAGACCAAAGCCUGAUUGAUUUUGUGCAAAUUGUUGUGCCAAAUGGAAAAAAAGAACUGGCUUAUCAAUAUGUAUUCCAUGGUUGCCUUUCCUGUUUCUCCAAAUACGGUACCAGUUUAUAUGCAGAUUAGGGAAUGUUCAUUAACACAAGCUUUCUCGCUCUAUUAUUUAUUAGAGAACAAAAAACUUAAAUUAUGCACUGAAAUGUUAGGUUCUACCACAGAUUUAGACUCGAACCACUAAUCUAAGUGCAUUUUGUGUAUAGUUUAUUAGCAGGGUGUGAGAUGGUAGUACUUCUAGGCAGAGAGACUUACAUAUGAUUGCCUCAGCAUCUUACAGGUCCUGGCUUUCUCGACCUUUGGAAUCAUUUACUAUCCUCUGGUCCUCGAAAGUAGACAGAUGCAUUUUAUUAGGUAAAAUGGAGUGGGCAUAUGCAGGGGCUUGAAUGAAACUAGCACCAUUCUGGACACUUGUUACGAUGCUAUAUUGUCCAAUGAAGCUUGGAUACCUGGCCAUCAGAAAACUACAUUCAUCCAAUUUCAAAUAUGGAAACAAUGCCUCCAGUCAGUAAUUAAACCAGUUGCAUUUUACUGCCAUCUUAAGCAUGUUCGCUACAUUGAGAAUGCUGAUUUUCUGAGCUAUAAAAAUUGUUAUUUUUGUAUGAUAUUUUAAAAUCAUUACUUUUAUACAGCCAAAUCCAUCAUUGAAGUACAUAGUAAUUCCAGCAGAGAAACCACAGGGGAACCAUAUUUGCCUCAGUUGGGUCAAUGCCACUGCUUAUGCAAACUUCCUCUCGCCUCUGACCAUACAUCCUUCUAAUCCUUUCUUGUGUCUGCCCAUCUUCACUUAAAUGGAUCUCCACCAUUCACCUCAGGUACUUCUUGUGAGACCACAUUCUCACAUCCUCAACGAUUUUGGGUUAAGAGUCCUCUCCUGAAUUUUGAUUGGAUUUAUUUGGUUCAUUGUUCUCACAUUCCCAAUGACCCUAUCAAUAAGAAUUUGGACAAUAUCAGUGACAUAAUUUUACAGGGAAAUGUAGAUACAAAUGCUGCCGGUGUCAGUUGGUUGUUGCUGUUGGUGCUCAGUUUGCACACACAAUCAACUCAAAUCCUCAGAGCCUCAAAUGAGUAUGCACAAUCCAAGCUGCACUGGGUGCAAUGCUGGUGCAGCUCUAUAUCGGUACUCUUUUGCAGCUUUCACAUGCAAACUGAACCAGUGACACUGGCAAAACUUGUGCCUUCAUUUUCCAAUAAAAGCUUUUAUUAACAAAAUAGUAAGUUAACAUGCAAGUUUCUGGGUGUACUUGGCAGUGGGAGAUGUCAAAAGCAGAAACAGCUGGACAUAAAUAGCAUGCAUGUUUUUCUAGGAUCAUUUGCAGUUCAGUUUUGAAUGUCACGCUUAUUACCAUAUGAAAGUGUUUUGUUGUCUGAGUGCUUUAUUGUUGACUCACAUGAACAUUUUGGACAGGAAUAAUUGGCCUGCACAAUUUCAAAACAUAGUGUGCCAUUAUAGAUAAAGUUUAGUUUGAAAUGCGGGCAGGGAAGGCUAGUUUUUGACAUUACUCUGGUCCUGAAUUUUCUGGCAUACUAAGGUAGCUUUGCCAGUUCAUCUCUCAGUUGAAGGAAUUCAGCAAAUUGGCAUGCACUGUGUGAGCCAGAGGUUUGUUCCCAAGGUCCAGUGUUUAGAUAUUUCCCACUCUUUGACCUCCAACCUGGAGGACUCCAUGGUGUCGUCUGUAAAAGUGUUACUGAUGGUACAUGUAAUUAGAAGUUAAGAAGUGACGUUGACGAAAAUGAAGUCAAUUUCCCUCCCAUCUAUCUUCAAAUCCCAUCAUCCCAUUCAAAGGCAGAUUUGUUUCACUUCAUCAGCAUGCCUGAGAAAAUGGCUAACUCCUACACUGAUGAGAAGCUAUCAGUUCUUCGACUAAGUGUUUUUUUUAAUUCAAAAGAGUGUUUGUUCCUUAGCAAGGCCAUCUUCAGUACUUCAGUAGCAGCCUAUAACCCAACAAAGUCUCCCGGCAACAGGAUCAGUAUUUCUCUUCUCUCUUUCUGCGACAAUGUUCUUGUUCCUUCUUGUUUGCGCUGUCAUUGGUCCCAUGUAAGAAGUCUGAAAAAGAUAUAUUUGUACUGUUAGUGGUGGAUUUAUGAAGUUUUUUUAAAGCCGAAAUGAAGGAAGCUUCCAAAUGCCUACCUUUUCUCCUGCCCAAUUAUGUUGAAAUUCGUGAUUGAUCUGUUCUGCUUGACCUUUAAAAACAGAGAGAGGUACAGGCACAGCGGCUGAGUUUUAUUUAUGAUACGAUAGGCACACUUUGUAAAGCUUAAACUGCUAAGCCUUCUGCAUAGGUAGCUUUAGGUGAACUUCAUCUUUGCUGCAUGAGCGAAAUCAGAGAUUAAAAUAUGUGAAUAGUUUAAAAUUUUCUAUUUUCAAUGGCAAUUAUGCAUAUGGUCUGUAGAGAUUUUUAAUUGUUGGAUUGAUUGAAAACAACUUUGCACACUCAAAGGGAAAAAGGCUUUGUUUUGUCACUUUGAUAUAUAAAACUUAGUUUUGUGAUUUUUUUUCAAUGAUUAGCAACUAAGAGGAAAUCCAUUAUUGUGAAUCCCUCUUAACGUUUUCAAGUCAGUAAUAUCUGUGUACACCAAAGUGAAGGCAUUUCAGUUUACAGAAGGUAGACUGAAAGAACUUUCUGUACGAAACACUGGAAGAAUAUGUGCUUGUCUCACUGCAGUGAGGAGGUGCCAUGCUAACCUUGCGUAGGCUAACACCAAGGCACAGUGGCUUUCUAAUGGACAAAGUGGUUUGAUUAUCAGCUUUAGCUGAAGGUUAGCAAUAACUCAGUGCCUUGAGUGAUGAUUUAUCUGUAAAUAUAGCACAGAUGUUUAUUUUCAGGUUGGGGAGGGGCAGGGAAGGAUUUAGCAACCUUUCUAUGUCUUUUGAUUUUUUUUUACAAAAUGAUAUUGUUUGUGGAUAAGCUUUAUAAAAGGGAAUUUUCAAUACAGUUUUA